GGCGGGGCGCGGCGCGGCGGCGGUAUGGCGGCGCGGCUGAGCGAGGGGGCCAUCGCGGCCAUCCUGCAGGCGGAGCCCGUGGAGAGGCCCGUCCUCCAGCUCAUCACGAUCCGCCCGAUCUCCACUGGAAAUGGCCCCCCACGUUACCGGAUGCUGAUGAGCGAUGGCGUGAACACGCUUUCCUCUUUUAUGCUGGCAACACAGCUGAACCCUCUGGUGGAUGACCAGAGCUUGACUGCAAAUGCCAUUUGCCAGAUUGACCGGUUCAUUGUUAAUACUCUGAAGGAUGGAAGGCGAGUGGUGGUCUUGAUGGAAUUAGAGGUUCUGCGGCCGGGUAAUGCAGUGCCUGCUAAGAUCGGGAAUCCAGUCCCGUACACCGAAGGAACCGGGCAAGCAGGGAGGCAGCCACCGGCCACAGGUCCAGCAGCUGACCCUUUGCCAGGCAAGCCAGCACCACUGAGCGGGGGUCCAGAUACAGGAGCUUUGGCAAAGUACCCUGGCCCUUCCACCCUGCUUGGCAAUGCAGGUGGCCCCAGCAUCCUGAACACUCCCGGUGGCUCUCAGAUCAAAGUGGUGCCCAUUGCCAGCUUGAACCCAUACCAGUCCAAGUGGACUAUUCGUGCCCGGGUGACUCAGAAAAGCCAGAUCCGCAGUUGGAGCAACUCACGUGGCGAAGGGAGGCUCUUCUCCAUAGAGAUGGUUGAUGAGAGCGGCGAGAUCAGAGCAACAGCCUUUAAUGACCAAGUGGACAAGUUUUUCCCUCUCCUUGAGCUGAACAAGGUCUACUACUUUUCCAAGGGCAACCUGAAGAUGGCCAACAAGCAGUUCACGGCCGUGAAGAACGACUACGAGAUCAUGUUCACCAACGAGACGUCCGUCAUUCCCUGCGAGGAUGCCCAGCACCUGCCCACCCUGCAGUUUGACUUCAUUGCCAUUGGAAACUUGGAAAAUGCAAGCAAGGACUCCCUUGUGGAUGUAAUUGGGAUCUGCAAGAGCUACGAGGACGCUGCAAAAAUCACCAUCAAGUCUUCCAAUCGGGAGGUGUUCAAGAGAGACCUGCACUUGAUGGACAUGUCUGGCAAGAUGGUGACGGUCACUCUCUGGGGAGCGGACGCUGAAAAAUUUGAUGGCUCUCGGCAGCCCGUCGUGGCCAUCCGGGGGGCCAGAGUCUCGGAUUUUGGGGGGCGGAGUCUCUCUGUUGUCUCAUCGAGCACGGUCCUCGUGAACCCCGACUGCCCGCAGUCCUUCAAGCUGCGCGGAUGGUUUGAUUCGGAAGGGCAGCUCCUGGAGACCACCUCCAUCUCCGCGGGGCGGGGUGGCCUUGCGGCAGGGGGAAGCACCAACUGGAAGACUCUGUACGAGGCAAAGUUGGAGAACCUGGGACAAGGGGACAAGGCCGACUACUUCAGCUGCAUAGGCACGGUGGUGUACCUGCGCAAGGAGAACUGCAUGUACCAAGCUUGUCCCUCCCAGGAUUGCAAUAAAAAGGUGAUCGACGAGCAGAACGGCCUCUAUCGCUGUGAAAAAUGUGACCGGGAGUUCCCCAACUUCAAGUAUCGCAUGAUCCUGUCGGUGAACAUUGCAGACUUCCAGGACAACCAGUGGGUGACCUGUUUCCAGGAGUCGGCAGAGGCCAUCCUCGGGCAGAACACGGUGUAUCUGGGGGAGCUGAAGGAGAAGAACGAGCACGCUUUCGACGAGGUCCUCCAGAACGCCAAUUUCACUUCCCACGAAUUCCGGAUCCGAGUCAAGCUGGAGACAUUCAACGAUGAAUCGCGCCUGAAGGCGACUGCAGUGGAGGUGAAGCCGGUCAACCACAAAGAGUACAGCAAGAGGCUGAUCGUGAACAUCCAGAAGAACGCCGCCCAGCUGGGCUGAGGCACCCCUGCUGGUCAGCAGGGCCGCGAAGAACAAAGCCAGAGGUUGCGACCAGCCCACCAGGCCCCUUUGAGCAAGGCCAGCCUCUUCUCCCCUGACUGUGCAGUGGGGGACAGGCUGCCGCAGCUGCGCUGGAAGGGGGUCCACAGGCCCCUUCCUGGCACCAAGGAGGGCCACGUUUCCUCUGGCCCAGAAGAGCCAGGCUGGGCCCGGGUCCCAGCUGGGGUGGGUGCAGCGCGGAGGGCCAUUACUCCCAGGCCCUCCUCCUCCGCCCCAGUCCCGGCAGUCAUUAAGGCUUCACAUGGCAAUUGGCAGAACUGUUAAUCAAAGACGUAUCUCUUCUGCGUGAAGAAUAUCCUUCCUUUGCAGUUUAAUAGACUGAGUCAGAUGGGCCUGAUGUUAAUCAAAAUCAUCUCUUCUGAGAGAAGCUGAUAAGCAUUGCCUCUUCAUCCCACUGGGAAAUCUUGGCCCCUGCAGAGCAGUGUGUUAGUUUUCACCUCAAUUAAUACUACUUUUUUGGGUUGCUGACUGCAGUGCCUUCCUCCUUAUCCUUUUUUUUUUUUUUUUUUUGGUAGUUUUAUGCGGAGAAAAUUUUUCUCAUAUUUUUCCUGACAGAAAUAAAUACGGCUGCAAGUCUGCAGGUGCCCUUUUCCUUUUCUUUCUUAAUAAAUGGCAUUUAAUUAUU